AACAGAAGUAAACAGCUUGAACAUUUUCAAGAUUUUUAUAUAAAUGAAAUCAGUUAUUUCAUUUAGUAGAAAAUGAACAUAUUUUACCCAGAAAUUAAUAUUAAAUAUGAAGUUGAAAAAUUAAUGCAUGCCGCCGAUCAGGCUUAUGAACAGCACAUGAUAGAAGAACAGAAGAGAUUGAAGGCUUUACAGGAAGCUGAAGAAAUUCAAAAACAGCAGGAAGCUUUAGAAAAACUAAGGGAACAACAGCACGAACGAUUGCGGGAAAAGCAAAAUGCACUGUUAGCUGCCAAACAGGAUAAAGAGCGCCAACGAGAGGAAUUUAUAAAAAGCAAGAUGAUUCAGAUGAAAAUUAAUAACUGCGAUGAAAUUCGGACUUUUAUUCAGCAAAAAUAUCUCGAAGAGUCUAAAAGAUGCCAGCUUAUUCAGAUGCAGGACAAACAGAAACAAAAUUUAUUGGCAUUGGAUGAGGAUCGUGUUUGGCAAGAAGUGCAUCAGAAAAACUACGCUCUUCAGCUUAAUCGCGAAUUGGAAGCGAAAAGAAAACGUGCAUUGAUGCAAGAAAAAACUCUAUUGGAUAUUCAGCAGCAAAUCAAAGAACGAUCCCUCAAAGCUGAACAGGAAAAGUUGGAACUUCGAGAGGCUCAGUGCACUUCUUUACCAUUUCCUGAUCAUGAUUGUAAACUGAAGCAAAUUACAAAAACUGAGCUAGCUGAAAAACUUCGGGAACAGAUGGCUGCCAGUAGAGCAUUACUGAAAAAACGAGAAGACCAGGAACGUGAGGUAGUGAAAACGCUGAAUGAAGGUAUGCAACGAGAUUUAGAUAGUGAAAAGGCGGAACGCGAAAAACAGAAACGAAUUCUAAAAGAGCAAAUAGAUCAAUACUAUAAGUACUCCAAACAAGUGGAGAAAGAGCGUCAAAUUGAGGAUGCUAAAAUGGAUAAGUUAAUCCAAGAGAUUCAACAGAAGAGUGAAAAAGCUGUUCAUGAUUCUAGAAAAAAGAUCAUGCAAAAACGCUGGAGUCUUGCUGAUAAAGUAUACGAAACUCAACGACUUCAAAUCGCGGAAAUGGAAGAUCAACGUCGUCGCUUACGCGAAGAGGAAUUACAAGAGGGAAUGCGUGAGCGUGAAAUUUACGAACAACAUAACAAGGCUUCUAUCGAAGCGGAUAAGUUAGCCAAACUAGAAGUGAAGAAGUAUCGGGAAACGCUCAAUGAACAAAUAAAAUCGUUAUCUUUGGAAAAGGAACGUCAUAAAUAUCACAAUCAAACACAAUCAAAUAAAUUGAUUGAAGCCAGCAAUCAAGAACUCAAUUUCGUGCAGACAUACGUUAAAGGAUCCUUCGAAAAUCAUUUUAAGAAGCAUCCAAAUUUGUUGUUACUGAGAAAUAAGAAUUAAGCGUAUGGGUAACUUUCAUAAUGUAUUUUCGCUCUCAGGGUUUUAAAUCUAUAUAUUGCAAUUUUAAACGAAAUUUACCGAAACAAUAAAAGGAUAAAACAAAA